AUGGCACCACAACGUCCCAACUGGCUCCCACCCAAUGACGCACAACUCGCAAAAAGCUGGCUCAAGAUAUCACAGGACAGUGUCCUAUCGACCAACCAAAAGAAAGAUGACUUUUGGAAGAGUGUUGCUGAGGAUUACAAUGCAUAUGCAAGUGGUGUUGGACGCGAACCAAGCCACUGCAUGUACUGUUCCGUCUUGACCAAUCUGCUUCCCAAUGCCAUGAAGGCACAUUAUGAACAAGAAGGAAAACAGUUUAUAUAUGAGCAAGCUUGGCUUGUACUCAAGGACUUGCCAAAGUGGAGCAACCUCUCUCAAAAUCGUAGCACUCAAAACUCAGAUGGCCCCAUUUCCACUCUGACACUGUCCACUCCAGUGGUUCAAUCAGAGGCCAGCCCUGCCGUUUCUCAAACUUCAAAGAGGGAAGAAGACUUACCUGAUGACUUAUCAAAGGAGUUUCUGAGGCUACAAAAGGAAAUGAUUGUUCACGAUUUGUGCGAACAAGUUGAGCAGCAACAAAAAUUGGCUGCCCAAAAAGCAAAAGAAAGCAAACAAUCGGUUUCUUCUUCAACUCAAGCGGCAGCAUCCUCCUCAACUCAAGUUGUAACCUCAUCCUUGCUUCCAACUAGUGAACCCAAAAGCUCCAAAGAAUCAAGUUCUGAUGUAGAUGAUGAGAUUUUAGAAGAGAUCAAUCCUACCCUUGAAUAA